GAUCUGCAGCCGCGAAGCAGUCGAGCUCACCUCUGUGCGUUGCAUCACCGAGCGGGUGAAGUGUUGCGAAGUGUUGAAAGCGAAGUGAUGGCUGAAGUUGAAGCGAAAUUGGCAGAGCUGGAGAAGCGCUUGGCCGCCCUGGAGACAGAUGAUGCUAGUGCCCCACGCAAAGCGGGCAGUGAUGCGCAAGUCAUGAAGAAGGUGGCCACCAGGUUGCAGGACUUUGAGUCACAGAUCACGGCGCAACUCUCCAAUCUGCAGACGGAUUUCGACAAAAAGCUGAGCCACGUGAACCGCGGAGCCAGCUCCACGAAGCCCGUGGACGGUGCGGGCGGUGCGGCUGGCCUGGAUACCAUGGCCGAGGAUUUGGACCAACUGAAGUACGACGUGGGCGAAUUGAAAGACCUCCUUGGCAACAAUAAGGGCGAAGUGAACCAUAUCCGCCGCAUCGUCCUGGCCUGCGAGCGUGACAUGGAGGACUUCACUGCUGCCAUGGAUGCCGUGAAUGUGGACUUGGAUGAGAUGCGAGCCCGUGUUGAUGCCACCCAUUCGAUCAUCACCAGCCGUCAACGUGUGGAGGCGACAAUGACGGCGGAAAUCUCCACCAUGCGUUUGGACAUCGGGGACAUCCAGGAAGCCCUGAAGAACCACGACAGUUGGAUGGAGGAUGUGUCCAACACCUUGCAACAAAUGCAAGAGAAGGAGGAGAACUUGACCGAGGAUAUCAUCAACCUCAAGAACGAGAUGAACACCAAGCUGGACACGAAGGUGGACAAUGUGGCCUGGAAAGAAGCCAACGACGACUUGGAUGCUGGCAUCAAAACGGUGCGUGACAUGGUCUCCUCCCUUCGUCUGGAUGUGGACGCACGUCGUCGCAAGGUGGAUGAAAUCUUGGCCACGGUUCGUCAUGACAUCACCGCGGUGGAAACCAAUCUGGAGGAGUCCAAGGCCAAGAUCACCAGCGACACCGACCAAGCGGUGAAUGCGUUGAAUGGACGUAUUGAUUUCACCAACAAGGACCUGGCUGCCACGCAAGAGAGUCUUCACACCACACAGAACUCCUUGAGCGACUGCUUCAACGAGGUGGCCGUGGUACGCAGCGACCUGGAGCGCAACGUGGCCGACACGGAGGCACGUCUCAAGAACGACAUCCGCCAGAAGCAGCAAGAGGCAUUUGAGAAGAUUGGCGCUGUCGAACAGCAGGCUGAACUGCGCAGCGCCGAAGCUUCCCGCCGCCUCGGUGCAUUGGACCUGCGCAUGAGUGGUGUGCAAGGCGGUUUGGGAGAACACAAGCGCGACAUCUUGAAGCUCCGUGAAGAAGUCAACGGCCUCACUGUGAAGAGCGCCUCUCAUGAGGUGGACAUCCAAAAGAACAGCGAUGCCGUGCGCAAGAUGGAGAAGCAGCGCAACAUGGACGAACAGAAUUGGAAGGCCCAAAUGGAUGCGGUUCACGAUGUGCUGGACACCAAGGUCAAUGAGAAGCCCUUCGAAGAUCUGAAGCACUGCACGGCGGCGCUCACGCGUGGUGUUGUGAAGUUUGCGCAAGUCGUGGGCGUCUUCCCUGGUCCUAAAUUCGAUGAUGCUGAAGGUGCAGAUCAGGGCGAAGCUGAUGUGGAACUUCUGGGCUGGGAGGAAUGUGCUGAGAACAUGUCCUUCCGUGUGGACAAGGCCUGGCGUCAGCGCUGCUCCCAACGCUUCCGCAACAUCUUGGACAUGGUGGCAAAGAAGGCUGAUCACAGCGUGCUACGUUUGUUGCAGAUCUCCCAGCAGCACAUCGAGUCUCAGUUGGAGCGUGUGAAACACGAGCGUGAGCUGUGGAAGGAAGUCGUGGAACGCCGUCAGCAGCAGCCCCUUCAGCUUGCCUUGUCGAUGAAGGAGCAAUCCACCAGCUGAGGUGCAUUUCAUCCCUGGGCAAAGUGGCAAAGCGCAGCAGCACCGGAAGUCCUUCCGUUCAAAGAUCUGAGGAUUGAUUUUCCGGCCUGGGGCCCCCAUGGAGCCCGCUGAUGGUCCCAGACAAUGUGAACGUU